CAAGAUUGGUGUCAUUUGAUCUUGAGUGCACACUAUGGCUGAAUUUUCCAAAUGUUCAUGUCUUAAGCCUACUAAGUGGUUGAAAGGAAAAGUGAUUGGAUCAGGAUCAUUUGGGAGUGUUCAUUUGGCAAUGGACAAGGCGACCGGAGGAUUUUUCGUGUUGAAAUCUACAGACUCAGAGGCAGGAUUUAAGUUUCUUGAGAAUGAAGUUGAAAUUCUUGAGAAUUUGGAUUCACCACAUAUUGUUAAAUUCAUUGGUAAAGAUUUGUCUUUUGAAGCAAAUGGUAAGAGAAAGCUGAGUCUUUUUCUUGAAUUUAUGACAGGAGGGAGUUUAGCUGAUGUAGCAGAGAAAUUUGGAGGGUCAUUAGAUGAAGAAGUAAUUUGUUUGUAUACAAAAGGAAUAUUAAAAGGUUUAAAAUAUCUUCAUGAAAAUGGAAUUGUGCAUUGUGAUCUCAAGUGUAAGAAUAUAUUGUUAGGUACUAGUGGAGAAAUCAAAUUAGCAGAUUUAGGAUGUGCAAAAAGAAUAAAAGACCAUAAGGUAAAAGGCAUAACAAAAUCUCUAUCAAAGUCUAUUGGUGGCACACCUUUAUGGAUGGCACCAGAGAUUUUGAGGAAUGAAGAGUUAGAUUUUGCUGCUGAUAUAUGGUCUUUAGGUUGCACAAUAAUCGAAAUGGCGACGGGGAAAACGCCAUGGGGAGGUGAUAUAUGUACAAAUCCCCUGGCUGCAGUGUUGAAAAUUGCUUGUAGUAAUGAAAUGCCACAAUUUCCAUCACAUUUUUCUGAUGUUGGUUUGGAUUUCUUGAUUAAAUGUUUGGAAAGGGAUAGUAAAAAGAGGUGGAAAGUUGAACAAUUGCUUGAUCAUCCAUUUGUUUCAAAGGGUAAUUCAGUAAAAAUCAAGAAUUUUAAAGUUGCUAGUACACCUGCUAGUGUUUUAGACGGUGGAAUUUUCUCCGAGAUGGAUUUCUCAGAUGAUCAAUUAUCAAGUGAUGAAGAUGAAUCUAUGAGUGGAAAUGCAUUACGCGAUCACGGGUUUUGGAUCUCAACAAGAGGAGGGAAAAUGGACUUGGAAUCAUCAGAAAGUUGGAUUAAUGUGAGGAAUUAG